GGCUUUUGUGGACCUCUGGAGAAGACCUGGUAUCAUAUCUUUUUUUUAACAGAAUCGGAGGAAGCCUGUCGGAUCGUACACUGUGCUCCACGCAUGUUGGAAGUGGAGAGAGAGGAGGGCUGGAUGCCUGCGGUUUUGCGAGUCCUCAAGACGCAGCCAAGGAUUACAUCCCACCCGGGCUUCAUUUGACGGAGUAAAGGACGUAAAGGGAGUGGAGUCGUUUCUUCAUAUAUCGUGUGCGCUUUGGCUUCUUUGGAGAGGAUAUGGCACGGACGGCGCAUGAGAGAAGAGCGCAGCCGACAGUGGAGAGAGGAAACAGGAGCUGAAUGACAGGAUGCCAGCUACCUGAGCCCGCACUCAGCAAUUCUAAACUUCGUUAUAUACACACAAAAAAAGGACACUUCUUCUUCUUUAUUUGUUAAAAGGAGAAAAGAAGAAUAUUUGCCAGCACACUUUUUGGAGGAGUUUAAUAUCGGCGUUUUUUUUUGUAUGCGUAAUUUUAUUUUUUGUGGCGAUACAACAAGGAUGCAUUGUGGAUUAGUCUUUAUCCUGUUCAUGGGAAUCCUCUUGGUGGUCAAGGCUUUCAAAAACGAUAAAUGUGGAGGCAACAUCAGAAUCUCAACCGCCAACUACCUCACCUCGCCAGGAUACCCCAUGUCUUAUCCCCCUUCUCAGAGAUGCGUUUGGGUGAUAACGGCGCCUGGUCCCCACCAGCGGAUCCUCAUCAACUUCAAUCCGCAUUUUGAUCUGGAGGACCGGGAGUGCAAGUAUGACUAUGUGGAGGUGCGAGAUGGAGUGGAUGAGAGCGGUCAGCUGGUGGGGAAGUACUGCGGGAAGAUCGCCCCUUCUCCGGUGGUCUCCUCUGGAAACCAGCUCUUCAUCAAGUUCGUGUCUGACUACGAGACCCACGGAGCAGGUUUCUCCAUCCGAUAUGAGAUCUUUAAGACAGGUCCUGAAUGCUCCAGGAACUUCACCUCCAACAGCGGAGUCAUAAAGUCGCCUGGCUACCCCGAGAAAUACCCCAACAAUCUGGACUGCACGUUUAUGAUCUUCGCCCCGAAGAUGUCCGAGAUCAUCUUGGAGUUCGAAAGCUUCGAGUUGGAGCCUGACCCGACGCCCCCUACUGGCGUGUUCUGCCGCUACGACAGGCUUGAGAUCUGGGAUGGCUUCCCUGGAGUCGGGCCGUAUGUCGGGAGGUACUGUGGGCAGAACACUCCGGGCAGGAUCAUCUCUUACACCGGCAUCCUGGCACUGACAAUCAACACUGACAGCGCCAUCGCUAAGGAGGGCUUCUCUGCCAACUUCACCGUCAUCGAAAGGACCGUUCCAGAGGACUUUGACUGCAGAGACCCCUUGGGAAUGGAAUCGGGAGAGAUAACAUCGGACCAAAUCAUGGCUUCAUCCCAGUACAACCCAAGCUGGUCCCCAGAGCGCUCCAGACUCAACUACUAUGAAAAUGCGUGGACUCCGGCAGAGGACUCAAACAAGGAGUGGAUCCAGGUGGAUCUCGGGUUCUUGCGGUUCGUCUCGGCCAUCGGUACCCAGGGCGCCAUCUCCCAGGAGACCAGGAGGGUUUACUUUGUCAAGUCUUACAAAGUGGACGUCAGCUCUAAUGGAGAGGAUUGGAUCACGCUGAAGGAGGGCUCCAAACAAAAGGUUUUCCAAGGCAACACCAACCCAGCAGACGUUGCCAAGACGAUGCUGCCCAAACCCACACUGACGCGCUUCAUCCGGAUCCGUCCCGUUACCUGGGAAACAGGCAUCGCGCUGCGCUUCGAGGUGUAUGGAUGUAAGAUAUCAGAGUACCCAUGCUCGGGCAUGCUGGGCAUGGUAUCGGGCUUGAUCACCGACAACCAGAUCACAGCGUCCUCUCACACCGAUCGGAGCUGGGUACCGGAGAACGCUCGCUUGCUGACCAGCCGGACCGGGUGGACCCUGCUCCCUCAGCCCCAACCUUUCAUCAAUGAAUGGCUGCAGGUGGAUCUGGGUGAGGAGAAGCUGGUGAAGGGGAUGAUCAUCCAGGGAGGGAAGCACCGUGAGAACAAGGUCUUCAUGAAGAAGUUCCGCCUGGGCUACACCAACAACGGCUCCGAUUGGCAGAUGGUUUUGGACACCAACGGGAACAAGCCAAAGAUAUUUGAAGGGAACAGCAACUACGACACACCCGAGCUGAGGUUGGUGGAGCCCCUGCUUACCCGAUUCAUCAGAAUUUACCCGGAGAGGGCCACUCCUGCCGGGAUGGGGCUAAGACUGGAGCUCCUGGGUUGCGAGAUUGAAGCUCCCACAUUGCCUCCUACAACCAUCGUCCCUAGCACCACUCCAUCCGACGACUGCGACGACGACCAGGCGAGCUGCCACAGCGGCACAGGUGAUGACUACGAUGUGACAGGUGGUACCACGACGCCAGACACCACCACAGCUGAAGUGGACACUAUCCCAGCAUUCCUGUGGUUUGCCUGUGACUUCGGCUGGGCCACUGACCCGUCCUUCUGCAGCUGGACGUCAGAGGAUACUGGCUCAAAGUGGCAGAUCCAGUCCAGUGGUACCCCCACCCUCAACACCGGACCCAACAUGGACCACACAGGUGGAUCAGGGAACUUCAUCUACACGUUGGCGACGGGUCCCCAGGAGACGGAGGUGGCUCGACUGGUCAGCCCAAUGGUCGGCUCCCCGGACACAGACCUGUGUGUGUCCUUUUGGUACCACAUGUUCGGACCUCAUAUUGGUACACUGCAUAUUAAACAGCGCAAACAGACAGCUGAUGGACAGGCUGACAUCUUACUGUGGACAGUCAGUGGUCACCAAGGUAACCGGUGGAGGGAAGGUCGCGUCCUUGUUCCACGCACGAACAAACCCUAUCAGGUGGUGAUCGAAGGGCUGGUGGAGAGAAAGAGCUGGGGAGACAUUGCUGUGGAUGACAUUAAAGUUCUCAAUGGGCUCAGCAUGACGGACUGCAAAGAUCCAGACGUACCCACUGAGCCUAUGUUACCAGAGGAUACCUUCAAUGGAAUUAUUGAGGAGAUCACUGAAUACCCAGACUUUGUGGAAACCAACCAGAUCAGCGGAGCAGGCAACAUGCUGAAGACGCUCGACCCAAUCCUUAUCACUAUCAUCGCCAUGUCUGCUCUGGGGGUCUUCCUGGGCGCCAUUUGCGGUGUGGUCCUGUACUGCGCCUGCUCGCACGGAGGCAUGUCGGACAGGAACCUAUCAGCCCUGGAAAACUAUAACUUUGAACUGGUGGACGGUGUCAAGCUAAAGAAGGACAAACUAAAUGUACAGAGUUCAUACUCAGAGGCGUGAAGUGGGACUGAGUGCAUUUGUGUGACUGUAUGACGUGCAGAGCUCACAGAGCGUGCACCAGACUGGCUGUAGGCAUAUCCUCUCAUAUAUCCGCGAGUAGGCGGACUGUAAGGACUGCCAACGCCCUCAACUCGCUGGAUGAGGGACAGGUUCAGGAAUCAAUGGGAGGUUUGGACUGAUCCACGCUUUUCUCAGGAGCUGCAGUAAAAAGAACCUACCAGUAGGGGACACUGUGUACAAAACAAAUACAGAAAAAAUAUGUACAGAUGAUUUAGAUGAUAUUUUAAUUUUCUAUUUUGAUUUUCAUUAAUUUUUACAAUCGGAUGCUGGUGUUGAGACCAAUUUAUUAAUAAUGUUUAAAGUAUUUAUCAUUUUCUGGGAAAGAAAUGUUUUUUUUAUCAUCAGUUCAUGAAGGCUGUUCUUUAUUUUCAAGUUUUGAAAGAGACGUAUCAAAAUCCUAAAUGAACCAUAUCCGGCAAAACUGUAGAUUUGCCCUAUGGUGUGGCAUACAGGGUGUGCCCAUAACCCAUGACCCGGAAACAUGUACCCUUUCCCCUUUGACCCCUAUCACUCUAAAGUGAGGGUCCCAUCCAUGGCAAUGUAUGGUUCUGACAGUGCCUUUAGUACAUCUCGGUUGGCCUCCUCUGUUGAUCUGGGUGUUUUUUACUGUACUUGGUUUAAGUUAUAAUGACAGAAACCAGGGGCACAUUAUCUUAUAAAUACCUGCAAAACAGGAUCCAAUCUAUCAAAGCGCUUUGUUUUGUUUUUGUUGUUUUCUGUCCAAAAAACCACACACUGUAAAUAAGUUUUAAUAUAUUUUAUUGCCCUUUUUAAAGAAAGUAAAAAGGAAAAAAGCUGCAGUAUCCCUUUUUUCAUGGGUUGUGUGUGUGUAAAUACAAUCUUCUGACUGUUUUGUGGAAGGUGCAGUGUUACCGUUUUUUUUUUUCCAUUUUAGAUUACGUUGCUCAGAUGAGCAAACUUUUGUGUGUGCUGAUGUUACAGCGAUAUCAAUGUGCAUUCAAGCCAUCUGUCAUCGAAACACGCACUUCACGAAAAACCACCCAAGGGUGAAUUAAGAGGUAACAAAAAAAUAAAUCAGCCGACAUGAUGAACUUUUGGCUUUUUCUCAGCCCAUCUCUCAUUUCUCCAUCAUAUCUCUGCUGUGAGUCUGACUGAUCACCACUUUUUUUUUACACUUAGCUUCAAACAUGCUCAUUUCGAUGGCAGAGCAGGUAGUAAAAUAUAUAAAAAUAUCUGCCAACAUACCAAAAAAAUCCAACAAUCAUCAUUGCUUUGCUUAGAUAAACUCAUCAUCACCUCCAAACAUCACUGUGGAUUGUUCACUGAAGUAAUGCUAUCUGGACAAUGCAGCUUGAAUGCACUUUGUUACUGAUUCCCUCCUGAUAGAAGCCUAUUAAACGAGGGGUUAACACACUAACUGAAGAAUGGUGCUAUCAUUACUUUUAGCCAGACAUGUGUCUCAUGAUAAACCCAGUUUGUAGUGUUCACAUGCUGUAUUGUAGCAUAAAAAUGGCCUGUUUGGCCGCAAAGAGUUUUUACGUGUUUCACGUUUAGCAGCCAUAACGUUGUGAUGUCAGAGCUGAUGUCAUUAGAACGGGACACUGGUGCGGCGGAGGAUCGAGGGGCGACACCUGAAUCAGGUCAACUGGCAUCCCUCCGUUGGCUUUACCAAAGGAUGGUUGCCCCCUCUUGCUGAUGCUUGCUGGGGGAUCUCACCAACCCACAACUACUAUAAGACCCCCAGUUCACCAAACGGUCAUCACUCACUAAAAGAACUGACUACUUGCUUUGCCCUGUCAGAGCCCUGGAAGAGAAAAAUCAACAGGGGAAAUGAUAGGACUCUUGUAGAGAGGAGCAAUGUCUGUUUUUCUAUGUCUUUUUAAGCUUAAAAGAAGUGCAAACGUCACCUUGAUGUGAACUCUUCAAAAUCUCUAUUGACUCUUGUUUUUGCAGAUGGAUGGUUGGGACAAUGCCUCCGCUUAACACUCCAAGGGGAAGUGAACUGAGAGUAUCGGGACAAAAGGUCCCACAGGACCCAGAACUCAGUGGGGGUUUUUUUUGUACCACAAUGAAACAAUCAAAAAACUUGCUUCUGAGAUGAGUGACGUCUUUUUACAUCUGUGUGCUUUGUAUGUUGUGCCGUGGUGAACACAUGCUCAGCUUGCUCAUUUCAGAUUUGGCGUCCCACUCUCCUCAACCUCUACACCGUAACAUCUGCGCUUUUUGGCUAUAGAGGACCGUAGCUCCAGCAACGUCUGCUAAACUAGAGAAAAAGGAUACUGUAGCGUGGACUCAAAAGAAACAAUGUUGCACUGAUAAAUAUAUUUAAGAGGUUUAUGUGUUUAUAGCGUUCAUUUGCAAAAAAAGAAGAAAAAAAAACUGAAGAAAGUCAAAAACACAAAAAACACAUUUCUUUCAUCAUUUUUAUAUAUAUAGUUUCAGAUUAUGUGAUAUAAUUCUGAAAUGUAAAAAAUAUUGAGAUGUUUUCAUUAUUGAAAAAGGCAUAAUAGAUUUUCCAACAGUAAUGUCCCUCCCUCCUUCAUUUACAUGGCAUAUUAACGCUCCGUUUUGUACUGUCAUUCAAAUUUUGUGCAGAUUUUUUUUGGUUUUUUUUUUUUUACAAAAACAAGAAAAUAAGACUUUUAUUUUCAAUACU